UAGCGCGUUAACGACGUUAAUUAGUUGUUUGUUGUUAAUUACGUCAAUUUUUUUAACGCAUUUCACGCAUGCGCAGUGUGACAAAUUAUUCAGGUCAGGAAAGUCACGGAAGUAGUUGGGAGCUAGAGGCGAGAUGGAGCAAGGUGAGCAAAGUGGGCCUAUUGACGGAUUCAAAUAUAAAAAGAAUGAUGAUGGUACAGUUAACAAGUACAAGGUUAUUUGCAAGAUUUGUAACAAGGAGUUUCAAUUUCACCGGAGCUGUUCAAGCUUGAAGUACCAUGUCAACGCCAAACAUGCAUUUGCUGGGCCGUCAGGUUCAGCAAGUGGUUUGCGCCAGACCACGCUGAAUGUUCGCAGGCCAUUAACAAAAUCAACCUCAGUUAAUUUGACCAACACAAUAGCAAAAUGGAUUGCAAAGGAUUGUAGACCCAUUAGCAUUGUAGAAGACGCAGGUUUCCUUGAGGUUUUGCAAGUGGCGUCUCAAGACUCAUACUAUAAGCCACCGUCAAGAGCCACAGUUAUGACGAAAAUCCACGAGCUCUAUGAAAAUGAGAAAGAAAAAAGGAAAGCGGUCUUGGCUCAAGUAAAUCAUAUCGCCCUGACAGGAGACCAUUGGACAUCAGUAAGUAACAACAAUUACCUCGGAGUAACUGCACAUUUCAUCAGUGACACGUGGGAACUGAAGUCUUUUGCGCUGACUAUAUUAAAAACUGAGGAGCGUCAUUUUGCGGAGGCUUGUAAAGAACAGUUCCUGUCUGUUGCACGUAAGUGGGACAUCGAGGGCAAGACGACAACCAUUGGGACUGACAGUGCACGUAACAUGGUUGCCGCAAUUCGACUUACACGCUAUGAACACAUGAGCUGUGUCGCUCACAUGGUGCAGAGAAGUGUCACAGUGAGUCUUGCUGACAGCGGCUUUGUAAAUGCUUUGGCCAAGGCUCGCAAAGUUGUCGGUCAUUUUAAGCACAGCCCAGCAAAUGCUACGGAGCUUCAAGCACAACAAGUCAGCCUGGGAAAGAAGCAAGAGCCAUUGAUCCAGGACGUUCCAACACGUUGGAAUUCGACGCUGGAAAUGGUCAAGCGCUUGAGCAGAAAUAAAGAGGCUGUCAUCGCAGCCCUGGACAAUCAGGAGCAUAAACUCGUUUUGCCGACCGCAGCAGAGUGGGAUAAACUGCAGAGGCUGGAGGCACUUCUAGAGCCAUGCAGGUAUGUAACUGAGCUCCUGGGUGGAGAGGCCUAUGUCUCCUGUUCUGUGGUACUACCUUCUCUCUGCCACUUGCGUCUCAAGAUGGAAGCCUGUGAUGAGGACCCUGCAUAUGUGGUGAGAUUCAAGACCAAGUUCAAGGAGGACCUAGCAUCCCGCCAAGAACAGCUCAACAAUGCAUGA